AUGUCUUCAGACGAACAAGAACGCCAAACCUCCACUCCCGCAUCGAUUCCGACCACCAUUGAAGAACAGCAAAGCUCCUCUGCUAGAACCGAUCACCACAUGCAGGUUCUUGCAUCAAGAAGCCCAAUCGAAGAUCCUGCGAAUCCUUAUUACCUGCAUUAUGGCGACAACCCAGGAAAUACUCUUGUAUCUCAACUCCUCACUGGGCAAGACAACUACGUCACUUGGAGUAGGGCAAUGCGGCUAGCUAUAUCGGUCGAGAACAAGCUAGGAUUUCUGGACGAUUCUAUCUCUAAACCCUCAAUCUCUGAUUUGCCUCUUGAUAAUGCUUGGCUGCGAAAUAACAAUAUAGUGAUUUCAUGGAUUUUGAAUUCGGUUUCAAAAGAGAUUUCUUCAAGCAUUCUUUAUGAUGAAUCUGCAUCUGCAAUUUGGAAUGAUCUAAAAACACGUUUUCAUCAAAGAAAUGGUCCUUACAUUUUUAACCUCAAGAAAGAUCUGAUGAAUCUUAAACAAGAUUCCUAA